GCCGCGCAUGCCCAGUGAGCCUGACUCGCCAUGCCGACUGUCAGUGUGAAGCGCGACUUGCUCUUCCAAGCCCUGGGCCGCACUUACACUGAUGAAGAAUUUGAUGAACUUUGUUUUGAAUUUGGCCUGGAACUUGAUGAAAUUACUUCCGAGAAGGAACUCAUCAGUAAGGAGCAAGGUAAUGAAAAGGCAACUGGAGCCUCUGAUGUUGUCCUUUACAAAAUCGACGUCCCUGCCAACAGGUAUGAUCUCUUGUGUCUGGAAGGAUUGGUCCGAGGACUUCAGGUCUUCAAAGAAAGGAUAAAGGCUCCAGUAUAUAAACGGGUAAUGCCAAAGGGAGAAAUACAGAAAUUAGUGAUCACAGAAGAGACAGCUAAAGUACGCCCUUACGCUGUAGCGGCAGUACUCCGCAACAUCAAGUUCACUAAAGAGCGCUACGACAGUUUCAUUGAACUUCAGGAGAAGUUACAUCAGAAUAUCUGCAGAAAAAGAGCUCUAGUUGCUAUUGGAACUCAUGAUUUGGACACUUUGUCAGGCCCGUUUACAUAUACAGCGAAGCGUCCUUCAGAUAUCAAAUUCAAGCCUUUAAAUAAGACCAAGGAGUAUACAGCCUGUGAGCUGAUGACCAUGUACAAGACCGACAACCACCUUAAACAUUAUCUACAUAUCAUUGAAAAUAAACCUCUGUACCCAGUUAUCUCUGACAGCAACGGUGUUGUCCUCUCAAUGCCUCCAAUAAUCAAUGGGAAUCAUUCCAAAAUAACAGUGAAGACUAGAAAUGUGUUUAUUGAAUGCACAGGAACUGACUUUACUAAGGCAAAAAUCGUCCUGGAUAUCAUUGUCACCAUGUUCAGUGAAUAUUGUGAGAAUCCAUUCACGGUUGAAGCAGCUGAAGUUAUUUUCCCAAAUGGGAAAUCUCAUAUCUUUCCGGAACUGCCUUACCGAAAGGAGAUGGUGCGAGCAGAUUUCAUUAACAAAAAAGUUGGGAUCAGAGAAACUCCUGAAAAUCUUGCAAAGCUUCUGACCAGGAUGUAUUUAAAGUCAGAAGUCAUAGGCGAUGGGAAUCAGAUAGAGAUUGAAAUUCCUCCGACCAGAGCUGACAUUAUCCAUGCCUGCGAUAUUAUAGAAGAUGCUGCGAUUGCUUACGGAUAUAACAACAUUCAGAUGAGUCUCCCGAAAACAUACACCAUAGCUAAUCAAUUUCCUCUUAAUAAGCUCACAGAACUUCUGAGACACGACAUAGCAGCAGCCGGCUUCACUGAGGCGCUGACCUUUGCUCUGUGCUCCCAGGAAGACAUUGCUGAUAAACUUGGUGUGGCUAUCUCCGCAACCAAAGCAGUCCACAUAAGUAACCCUAAAACAGCUGAAUUUCAGGUGGCACGCACUACCCUUCUUCCUGGCCUCCUAAAGACCAUAGCAGCGAAUCGGAAGAUGCCCCUUCCUCUGAAAUUGUUUGAAAUAUCUGACAUCGUAGUAAAAGAUGCUAGCAGAGAUGUAGGUGCAAGGAACCACAGGCAUCUCUGUGCUGUUUAUUACAACAAGAGUCCUGGCUUUGAGAUCAUCCACGGGCUGCUGGACAGAAUCAUGCAGCUGCUCGAUGUGCCUCCUGGUGAGAAGAAGGGUGGCUAUGUGAUUAAGGCCUCAGAAGGCUCUGCUUUCUUCCCUGGACGAUGUGCUGAGAUCUUUGCCCGUGGUCAAAGCAUCGGGAAGCUUGGGGUCCUUCAUCCUGACGUCAUCACCAAAUUUGAGCUGACCAUGCCCUGCUCCUCCCUGGAAAUCAAUAUCGAACCCUUUCUGUGAAGAUGGGGCUGUGGUGUCUGAUUCACUCAAUCCUCCUCUGUGUCCCUAACCCGCCUCCACAGGGACCUCCGUGUGUGCUGUAAAGUUUAAUAAAGUAAAACCCCUGGC